GGCAGCAGCAGCGGCAAGAUGGCGCAGCCGCCGGUUCCCCUCAAGGACAUGAAGCUGCUGGACGUGAAGCUGGGCCAGCUGCCCAGCUGGCUGGCCAUGAGAGACUUCACCCCCGGCGGCAUCGGGGGGGCCCUGCGAAGAGGUUACGACAGAUACUACAAUAAAUAUAUCAAUGUCAAGAAGGGGGGCCUCGGUGGUAUCUCCAUGGUGCUUGCCGGUUAUGUUGUUGUCAGCUACAUCUGGAGCUACAGUCACCUGAAGCAUGACCGCCACAGGAAAUACCACUGAAGCGUGAACGUGCAGCUCUUGAACACACCUGGCUACUGGAACAGUUAUCCUGACAGAAGACUUCAGAACUAUUCAUAUUAAAAUCUGUACUAUUAUGACCAAUAAUAAAGUGCAUACACUUUA